AUGACACGGCAAGACAAACCCAGCAAAGGAGGACGCAAUGAUUUACCUGACACCUUGAAACUUGCGGAAGGAGCUCGUGUCAUGCUCACCAGAAACAUUGACAUACAGAAAGGAUUGGUGAAUGGUGCCUUUGGUACUCUGAUGAAGGUGAUUACUUCUGAGACGGAUCAACGCAUCACAAAGCUUGGGCUGAGAAUGGACAGUCAAACAGCUGGAAGACGUAGUGGACCUGCAGGAUCUGACGAUCUGGUUUACGUGGAGAGAGCAGAGGAUACUGUGAAACAGAAAGGAGUGGUACGUAGACAGUUCCCUGUAAAGCUGGCCUUUUCUUGUACCGUGCAUAAAACUCAAGGCUUAACAACACAUGCAGCUGUAGUUUCCUUGAAGAAGAUCUUUGAAGCAGGCAUGGCUUAUGUGGCUCUAAGCAGGGUGACUUCUCUCAGCGGACUGUAUCUGUUGGACUUGGAUGAGAAGAAAAUCUACGCCAACCCUGAAGUUACUACAGCCAUCCAGACCAUGAGACAAGCCAGUGUGGAUGACAUGAUGCCUCUUCUUCCUCUGAGAGAAACCGGCUCCUUUGUUGCAGACAGUCUUCAGCUGGAUGGAUUCACCUUGUACAAGCGUAACAGACACGUGUCGUACACAAAUGUUCCUCAGAUGGCCAGCAGAUGUGGCGGUGGAGUUUGCUGUUUAUGUGCGAAACACAUUCAGGUGCAUGAGAAACAGUAUUUGCAUAAUGUGACUGAUCUUGAGUUUGUAGUUCUGAAGGUUGAGGCUCCAGUCCAGGCACUGAUCGCAGCGGUGUACAGACCCCCCAGCUACAGUUUGAGGCGCUUCCUGGAAAACAUGGUAAGCCUUCUGGAUGCACUGGAGACGAUGGACUGUCACCCUGUAAUUGUUUGCGGCGACUUCAAUGAGAAUCAGGUACCCACUUCUCCCAAGCCCAUUUUGGAGCUGUUCCAGUCUAAAGGUUAUACACAGCUGAUCACAUCUGCCACCACAGACAAGAACACACUCCUAGAUCUUGUAUUUCAUUCCCAGCACAGCAGAUGUCUCCAUUCUGGUGUCAUGAGGACGUACUGGAGCUACCAUAACCCGGUGUUCUGUAUCGUUUCCACCAGUGAACCAUGA